UCGGUGCAAUCUCUAGAUGGAUAAGAUAGUCUCGUCCACAAGGACAAAGAUAACAUCGCAGGGGGGAUUUCCCCAAGCACAUACACUACAGCUCUUAGGAAGGGCUAAAUCGGUCCGCGAAGAUGAAAUUGAUCAGAAAUCAAUGUUCACUCAGUCGUCCUCUUCAUUAUAGCCUAGUGUCCACUCAGACCAGAUCUCAUCUCCUGUCAAUAAAUUACAGAUUUUGUGGAACACCACAUCAAAACCCUAAACUCAUUUGUACAUCUCUUACAUCAAACAUCCAGAGAAAGAUAAGAGGGAACAUAGAAAUAGAUAAAUGGGAUGUUAUUACCAAUUUCACUGUCCACGCUCUGCAGGCUGAAGAAAGUGGAAUAACAAGGGGAGAAGAAGAAACAGUUUGCAGAGUAAAGCUGCAAACAUUAGAUGGGUGCAGACUGGGCAUAGGUAUAUAUCCUGAUUUUGAAUACAAUGCUGAAGGAGGAGGUGGGGAUGGAGUUGGUGAGAAUUUGAGUGAUGGAAGAGUUGAGAUUAGGUUUGAUGUUGGGAGUCUCUACAUUCCACCAUUGACAUAUCAAACUACAAAGUUCUUGGGCCUUCCCCUGCCUCCAAUUCUUAGCAUAAGCAUUCUUCCUCAAGCAUUUCAAGGAUUCAUGGACCAAGAUACAGGCAAGGUGGAGUUAAACUUCAGGGCAAACUUCUGCUUCCAAAUGCUGUCCCUAUAUAAACCUCCUCCACUGCAAGUAGAAACAGUUCUUACAACAGAAGAGGUUACCGGGAAAAUGAGAAAUGGGAAAGGGCAGAGAUUGAAUUCAGAAGGGUGUUGCAAGCUUGUUGGACUGGCUACUGUUGUUCCUAUCAAUGACUCUUUCCUUAAUACAUUUCUUAACCUUCCAACUGAAUGCCUUGCUGAUUUGUCUGCCAAAAUUCUCCUGACCAGUACAUUAUAGCACACCCUAUUCUCCAGGGUUCAGGCCCUAAUGUGCAGGGAUAAGACAUUGCUUAAGUGAGAGUAGAUCUCUUUUUCCAACAGUCUUGGUAUCCCUCAGGCCCAGACUGUUACAAAAAUGAGAGUAGUUAUUACAAUGCUUGAAAAAAAGAAAAUCUGUAUGAUAGUAAUCAAAGACACUCUAUUUUGCCCAUAGUCUUUUGGCUAAAAAUAUUUGCCCGUCCACCCAUGUUAGUUGUAAUUGAUCAUAAACAUUUUCUAAAGUUCUCUUAUAGUAAGAGAAUUGGGUUAUUAUUGUGCUGUGCUUCCCAAUUCAAUUAUGUAGAAUUUAUUUGUAUAAUGUUUUGGAUCACACUCCAUGUUUCAUCA